AUCCUAUUAAUUAAACGAAUAUCAAUACAAUAAUACAGCCAGCUUUGUCUGCCAUUGUUAAUCCUUCCAACAAUUCUCUUCGUCAUUCACAGUCGCUGCGAUUGUCGCCGAUGGGUGUGUUUUUAGUUUUUCUCUUUGUUUGUGUGAAUCAGAAAGAUCAACGCGAGAAGAAUCAUGAGGCGGAUCAGAAGAAGCCCGACGACAAGAAAGACCACGGCACCGCCGUUUUUAAGAUGGACUUUCAUUGCGACGGCUGCACCAAGAAAGUCGUUAGAUUCGUUAGCAGUCUCGAUGGUGUUGAAGACGUGAAGGCAGAUUUCGCGGCUAACAAAUUGACAGUAACGGGGAAAGUGGACCCAGCGCUGAUCAAGGAGAAGCUGGAGAAGAAGACGAAGAAGAUCGUGGAGCUUGUCUCUCCGAGGCCGAAGAAAGAUGACGGUGGAGAUAAGAAGCUGGAGGGGAAGACGAAGAAGAAGGGGGAGCUCAUCUCUCCGAGGCUGAAGAAAGAAGGCGGUGGGGAUCAUAAGACCAAAGAAGACGAUGAAAAGCCCAAAGAGAUCAGUACGACGGUUCUGAAGAUCGAACUUCAUUGUAAUGAUUGCAUCCAUAAGAUACGGAAGACCAUAUUGAGAUUUAAAGGAGUUGCUAAGGUGGAUGUACAUGCGGCCAAAGAUCUGGUGACAGUAAAGGGCACUGUGGAUGUGAAGGGGCUAGUUCCCUACCUUGAAGAGAAGCUGAAGACGAGCGUCGAGGUCGUCCUGCCCAACAAAGAAGAAGACAGAGAUAAAAAACCAAAAGAAGCUAACGGAGGUGAUCAUGACAAGAAAGACAAAGAACCCGCCCGUGAAGGCGGUACUGGAGAUGGUGAGAAGAAAGAGAAAGAAGCCAAUGUGCAGUGGUUCCAAAGUACGGUGGUUUCGAAAAUCAGACUGCAUUAUGACAGUUACAUCCCUGAAAUAAGGAAGAUCACGUUGAAGUUUAUGCUGAAAGUUAUAUUUAAUGUCUUGUUUCGUUAUAUCUUUUCUGGUGUUUUUCCUGCAUGGCUUUUUGUUGAAUGAAUUCUUGACAAUUAUAUGGUUGAUAUUGCAUUUUGAAGGUUAAGUGAUGUAGAACAUCAAAAAUAGAAAUUCAAGGUAGGCAGAAAGGGAGAUCCUGAUCCCACCUCGAAUAUUCUUC